UCAGUAAACAUUAGGCCCCUGUAGUAGCCACUUCUUGUGCCCUGCGUCUCCUCUGCCUACCUCUGAUUUCAGCUGUGGCUGAGGUGGACGGUUCUUUGGGAGCUCAGACUCACCUUGUGCUAAAUCAUCCCAACCUGGGCCUUCUCCAGAGCAUCGGUGCCCAGUGGGCAAGCGCAGUGGGAAAGGUGGGGGAACUAACACCCCAGAGUCAACCUGCAAUCAAUCAGAGCGUGAAAACUGGUGGAUAGAUGCUUCUGCUUCCUGUCAUCCAGGUGGACAAUUUCUGCAGACAUUCUGUUUCUCUGCUCAAAAGGUCCCGGUGGAAUCGAAUCCCCACCGCACACAAUGGGUUGCCCACCCCCGCCACAAUGGCCUCUGGGGUGGAAGUGCUGCGCUUCCAGCUGCCCGGCCACGAGGCCGCUACGCUGCGGAACAUGAACCAGCUCCGUGCAGAGGAGCGGUUCUGCGACGUGACCAUUGUGGCCGACAGCCUCAAGUUCCGCGGCCACAAGGUCAUCCUGGCCGCCUGCUCACCGUUCCUGCGGGACCAGUUCCUGCUGAACCCCAGCUCUGAGCUGCAGGUCUCUCUGAUGCACAGUGCACGAAUAGUGGCCGACCUGCUCCUCUCCUGCUACACGGGCGCCCUGGAAUUCGCUGUCAGGGACAUCGUUAACUACCUGACUGCCGCCUCCUACCUGCAAAUGGAGCACGUGGUGGAGAAAUGCCGGAACGCCCUCAGCCAGUUCAUUGAGCCCAAAAUAGGCCUCAAAGAGGAUGGGGUCAGCGAUGCCAGCCUUGUGAGCAGUGUCAGUGCCACCAAAUCCCUCCUCCCUCCUGCCAGGACCCCAAAGCCAGCCCCCAAGCCCCCACCCCCACCCCCUCUACCCCCUCCCCUCCUGCGGCCUGUGAAGCUGGAGUUCCCACUGGACGAGGACCUGGAGCUGAAGGCCGAGGAAGAGGAUGAGGAUGAGGACGAGGACGUGUCUGAUAUCUGCAUUGUCAAGGUGGAGUCGGCCCUGGAGGUGGCACACCGGCUCAAGCCUCCCGGAAGCCUGGGAGGAGGGCUGGGUAUGGGAGGCUCCGUGGGCAGCCACCUUGGGGAGCUGGCCCAGAGCAGUGUGCCCCCCAGCACUGUGGCCCCACCACAGGGUGUGGUGAAAGCCUGCUACAGCCUGUCUGAGGACGCGGAAGGGGAGGGCCUGCUGUUGAUCCCCGGAGGCCGGGCCAGCGUGGGGGCCACCUCGGGCCUGGUGGAGGCAGCAGCAGUGGCCAUGGCUGCCCGGGGGGCGGGGGGCAGCCUGGGGGCGGGGGGCAGCCGCGGACCCCUGCCCGGGGGCUUCUCCAGUGGAAACCCCCUAAAGAACAUCAAGUGCACCAAGUGCCCGGAAGUGUUCCAGGGCGUAGAGAAGCUGGUCUUCCACAUGCGGGCACAGCACUUCAUUUUCAUGUGCCCGCGCUGCGGCAAGCAGUUCAACCACAGCAGCAACCUCAACCGCCACAUGAACGUGCACCGCGGCGUCAAGUCGCACUCGUGUGGCAUCUGCGGCAAGUGCUUCACGCAGAAGUCCACACUGCACGACCACCUCAACCUGCACUCCGGCGCGAGGCCCUAUCGCUGCUCCUACUGCGACGUGCGCUUCGCCCACAAGCCUGCCAUUAGGCGGCACCUCAAGGAGCAGCACGGCAAGACCACAGCCGAGAACGUGCUAGAGGCCAGCGUGGCCGAGAUCAACGUCCUCAUCCGCUAGCGUUAGCGGGGCAGGCGGCUGGGUCCCUGGGCUGGGUGGGAAGGGGGCUCUCUGGCCCAGGAGAAUAGGGGGGUGGGGGUCGGGGGCAGGCAGGUACGGUGGGGAGCUAGAGCAGACACACACAUCCUGAGAGAGGGGCAGAAGAUUACUUGGAGAGAAGACCCUGCCUCUUCAGAAGAAAAGAAUGGAGAGGGAGAGGGUUCUUUGAGAAGGCAAAGGAAAUACAGAGUCCCAGAGAAAGGUUUUCUUUUAGAAGUGCAUGGAUAUGUGAAGAGAGGGAAAGGGUCCUAUAGAAACGAGGAGGAAAAAGGACUGGAAAUGGUUAUAUUCCUGGCUAAGGCUGCCCAGGGAGACGUUCUGACAUUUCUUGAGGUAGGGGGCGGGUGGGGGGGAAUUGGGAGGGAAUUUGGCAGGAGGCAGCUUACAUGCUCCAGCUUAGAAUAGAUCCUUGGGAGAGGGAGUGGUAGGGGGAAGGGAUUCUCAAAUCCCAGAAAAGGAAGGGGAGACAGUUCUUGCAUGCUGGGGGAAUGGGGCUGUGGGUACAAGGCUCGCCAAAACUCCAGAGAGAACAAAGUAGGGUGUCAGGUAAGAGAACAUGGGGGUGAGCAUCCUGGGUAGAUGUUGGGAAGUGGGGUACAAUAGCAAGAACGGUGAAUAGUGGUGGGGGUGGGGGGUAGGGCACUUAGAGGAAAGGACACAAGAAGGGCUGUUUGGGGGGAGGGAG